AUGCUUCUUGAGUUGAAGCAUGGCUAUGUUUCUAGGUCUGCGACUCAAUCCGUCACGAUAACUUCACCAGAAUACAUUGCAGCCAAAGCUUCCAAUGGAGCAAACUCGUCUGCCGCAGACUUGAUACAGUGGUUGCGAACCCAGGCGGGGAAUCCAGAGGUCAAUCUGCACUAUACCGUCCUAUCCUAUGAGAUGACACCAACAAAUGGAGACCUAGUUCAGGGCACUAUCAGUAAUCCAAAGGGCAGAAGGUCUAAGACAAAUCCACUGCCAAAUACUAAGACUGUGAUGAGAAACCUGACGUAUUCAAACACCAUACGAAGCCUAGCUGCAACGCGACAAGCAGUUCAUGCUGCCACAGCUCCAAUGAUAAAGCAACAGUUUGGCCGUUUUACGUCCACAUUGACUGUUAAGGACCAAUUGACACGCACUGAGUUCAUUCACAACCAGCGGGAGGCCAUAGAAGCAAAAGCUAUCAAAGCAGUGUGCUCUAAGUUUGUGAGAGCCAAAGCAAUGCCUGGUGGUGUAGGGGAUACUACGAAAAAUGCAUCCGAGGCCAUUCGUCCCCACCUGACUGUCUGGUCUUCUUGUUCUCUUUGGUGA